CAUUAAAUUACGUUUUUCACUCGUCUUUGAUUUUUAAUUUUUAUUAAUUUCAAUAUCAUAGAAUAUCGUAGAAUAUCGUAGAAUAACUAUUAACAAUCGGCAACAAUGAUGACAAAUCUAUAUUAAAUAAUUUUGAGAGUAUUAUUUUCUCCAAAACCGGCAACGCAAUCAACAAUGCCAUGAACUUGGCUUGGUCAAUACUGAUCGUUGUCCUACUGACAUUCUGUCUACAUUCAGCUCAUCCAUCUACAGGGACUGGGAAAACGAUCAUCUACGAAACAGAAUGUAAACACCUACGAAUGGGCCAGUUCAUGUGCCCCGAUGAUGGGUAUGAAUUCAUCGACCCAGAGACGCAGCAGUUACGCGGGUGUACCAAAGACAAUGUUGCUCAAGUUCGGUGUAAGGCAAGCGAUGGUAUUGUGUGUUUAGAAACCAAAAACUCAACAUUUUGGAAAGAGUUUCCAUGUAAAUGGACCAAUGGUUACCAUUAUGACACAUCACUGUUAUUGUCCAUUUUCCUGGGCAUGUUUGGCGUGGACCGUUUCUAUCUAGGUUACCCGGCAAUUGGUCUACUGAAACUAUGCACUCUUGGGUUUAUGUUCAUUGGCCAGUUGGUCGAUGUAGUACUUAUUGCCACACAAAUUGUUCGUCCUGCUGAUGGAUCACAUUAUAUCAUUCCUUAUUAUGGUCCUGGCAUUAACUUUAUACUAAUGGACAAUGAAACUUACAGACAACCACAAGAUGAUUGGUUUGUUGAUCAUAAUGAACUAUAAAGCGUUAAAAAAAAUUACUAUAAGUAUCUAGAUUAAGUUUACUUACUAUUAUUACCAUUAAAGUUAUGAGAUGUAUCAAUUAUUUUGUUAA